AUGAAGCUCGCAGGACUGAAAUCAAUCGACGACGCUCACGACGAGUCGGUAUGGGCUGUCACCUGGGUCCCCGCCACCGAAGCCCGACCCGCUUUGUUACUAACCGGCUCCCUCGACGAGUCCGUUCGCCUCUGGCAACCCGACGACCUGGUCAACCGGGGUCAGAUGACGGGCCACUGCCUCGGCGUCGCUUCCGUCGCCGCUCACCCCUCCGGCUACAUCGCCGCCGCUGCUUCGCUCGACAGCUUCGUUCGGAUCUUCGACGUCGACUCCAACUCCACCAUCGCUAGCUUCGAGGCGCCGCCGUCGGAAGUCUGGCAGUUACGGUUCAAUCCUCAGGGUACCAUGCUAGCUGCCGCAGGUGGUGGUAGUGCCUCAGUCAAGGUCUGGGACACCAGCACGUGGAGCCUGGUUGCCACAUUGUCGAUUCCUCGCCCAGAAGGAACCAAGCCUGCGGAGAAAAGCAGCAGCAAGAAGUUUGUGCUAUCAGUUGCCUGGAGUCCUGAUGGGAGACGCAUAGCUUGUGGCUCCAUGGAUGGAACUAUUUCUGUGUUCGACACAGAUCGUGGCAAGUUCCUGCACCACCUGGAAGGCCACUGCAUGCCUGUAAGGUCACUUGUGUUUUCCCCCGUUGAACCACGGUUACUCUUCACUGGCUCAGACGAUCAACACGUCCACAUGUAUGAUGCUGAGGGGAAAACCCAGGUUGGGUCCAUGUCAGGUCACAACGGGUGGGUGUUGAGUGUGGAUGCAAGCACAGAUGGGGCAGCCCUUGCAACUGGUUCUAGUGAUAGAACUGUGAAGCUGUGGGAUAUUUGCAUGAAGGCAGCUGUGCAGACAAUGAGCAACCAUAAUGAUCAAGUCUGGGGAGUGGCCUUUCGACCUGGAGGAAUGCCUGGUAGACUUGCUAGUGUCUCUGAUGACAAGAGCAUCUCACUGUAUGACUAUUCCUGAAGUAGGACAGUAGAAAUUCUUGUUUGUUGCAACUCACUGGUUUUGGUGGUCUUUUAUCAGAUUGUCAUCAUGUCAUUGGUUUGUUUGA